AUGAGACGCCAUGGCUCCGCUGUUGUGGUAUACGACCAGCUCUCCCGGCAGCUCUCCCUCCGUGACGCCUCGCACGCCGCCGAUAUGGACAACUCCUCAUGCCCUUACUGUCACCGUCCAUAUCGCGAAGACCUUCAGACCGAUAGCGACGACAGCGACGAGCACGAACAUGGGCAAUACCAAGAUGCGCAGGCCGGCUUCGUCAACCCUGGGUACUUCCAGAUGCUGCGUCGCAGCCAACCCAGCUCCGCAGAGGUCUCGCGGCCGUCCUCGCCGCAUAAACAGCUAGCACCAGCGCCUAUCAGAGGUGUCGGCGGCGAACUACAUGCGCCCGCGGGCGCGGAAUUUGUGGGUAGCACACCAUCACCGCAGAGACAACACACAAUUUCGAAGCACGCGUUCAGCCCGAACUACUUCAAAACCUUCUUUGUGGAAGAGCGCGAAUUAGGAAGAGGCGGAAAGGGCGUGGUCUUGCUGGUGCGCCACGUCUUGGAUCAAGUCGACCUUGGUGUAUUCGCAUGUAAGCGGGUGCCAGUAGGCGAUGACCACGAAUGGCUAGAAAAGGUCUUGAUCGAGGUGCAGCUUUUGCAAAAUCUCUCGCAUCAGAACCUAGUUUCUUAUCGGCACGUUUGGCUUGAGGACUACAAGAUCAACACGUUUGGACCAAGCGUCCCUUGCGCGUUCAUACUGCAGCAGUACUGUAACGGAGGUGAUCUGCAGAGUUACGUUCUAUGUGGGAUGAACAAGACGAUGAGUACCGAACAGCUCAAAGAACGGCUGAGAAGGCGGUCAAAAGGACAGAUGGAGGAUCCGCAGAACCUGAACGGGCCGCGGAGAAUGCAUUUCGAGGAGAUCAUUUCGUUCUUCAAAGACAUCACGUCUGGGCUAAACCACCUACAUGCGAAUGGAUAUAUACAUCGUGACCUCAAGCCAAGCAACUGCUUGCUGCACAACACUGGGCGAAAAAUUCGCGUCUUGGUCAGCGAUUUCGGAGAAGUACAGGCAGCAAAUGUUACAAGGAAGAGUACUGGUGCUACAGGAACGAUAUCGUAUUGUGCGCCUGAAGUGCUACGGCACGUGUUGCCAAACGGACCGCUGGGCAACUUUACCACCAAAUCGGACAUUUUCUCACUGGGUAUGAUCGUCUAUUUUAUGUGCUUCGCGCGGCUACCAUACCAAGAGGCGGACGGUAUCGACGAGGAUAACGAGGACUUGGAUAAGCUCCGAGCCGAGAUUUCCGAAUGGGUCGGUUUCGACGAUGAACGCAGGGUACGUAGCGACCUACCCGAGAAGCUAUAUCGUUCCCUCAAACACCUGCUCGCAUUGAGUCCGGAUGAGCGACCCACAACAGAGGAAAUUCUACGAGCUUUAAAGACACCCUCCCUUCUCGACGAGUUCAGCGGCUUCGCUGGCCCUUCCAGCUUAGAUGACGUGGGAAGUAGAAUAUCGCGAGCAGACACACCAACGCCGGCUCCUUCACCCCCUCAUCGGAAACGAAGCUCAGUGAAUUAUCCUCGUACUGGCCGCUCGAAGUUGAACCUCAAUGCCACUGUUGCAGGUCACACUUCGCCCAGUCCACCACCCUCGAAACUUGACAAAGAGCGGGCCACUACACCUCCCGAUUCAGCGGGUUCUGUCAUCUUGCGCCCGCGCAAAGUCGACCUUCCGCCACCAUCAUCCUCUCACCGCAGCCCUUCCCCGGAGAUGUCGCCGCGCCUCAUGCUCCCACCCCCACCACCUCCACGCACCCUUACUCACCUCUUCACACUUCUUCAUAAUCCAACUUUUGCUAUGUCUGAGGAGAGUUGCUUGGGAGGAUACUCCAUCUACUACGCGACGCGCCCGAAUCUGGCUGCCCGCAGCCGCACAAUGCAGUCCUCUCCACCCUAUAGUGAGGGUAAAGCAAGAGCGAUACGGGAGCUCUCUCAGAGCCUGAACCACAGCCAGCGAUCGAUCUCGUCUGCCCAUACAGCACCAAGCGACUCGAACCCGACUAAGCGCUCUGGUUUUGGCGACACAACAGACGACUUCUUCAAUAACCCCGAUGUACUGAUGUCAACACAACACAACAUUGACGACGAAACGAACACACUCCCAAAGUACCCGCGCAUACGCUCUACAGCAAAAAAGGCCACCGCUUGGCGCAUGCCUCAAUCCGAGGCUAACCCUGAUACCUCGAUGGUAAACAAGCAAUUUGGCGACUUCGACCACAGUGUCUCCGACGACGAAGUUGAAUCCAUAGAACAGGCGCGGGGUGAUCACCGCAGCAACCGCGGCACACCAGCUAAAAUGAGCUCACGCGGGUUCGACAGCCUUUACGACAUUACACCUCCCACUAAUCGGUCACGCAAAUCAUACGCAGCUGAAACCGGUAGCCUUCGCCGCGACGCCCAACUUCGACGAGCCUCGCGCAACGACAUGGACAACGGUGCAUCCCCGCGUCCCGGCAGUACGCGCAACUCGCCUGCGCUUUCGUCCAAACAUGAUCGCAAGCGGGCGUCUCUUGCUCAGCUUCACGCCAAGUUGUCUGAGGAUGAGUCUUCAUUCAUGCAGGAGCGCCCGCCCACCGCUACAUUCCAGCACAGCACAAGCACGCGAUGGGGCAACCCACGAAGCCGGCAGAGCUCACUCCAGAAUGACGGUAACGUGGACGCGUCACAACACCUUAGUGCAACACCACGAUCACGGCCGGCUACAGCACAGAACCCUACCGCACAAUCCUUCAUUCUUCCUGAUCUUCCUAACCUCACCGAGCUGGUCUCCGGCGUGUUCGAGGACGGUACACCGGUAUUCUCCAAAAAUGCGCCGAUGCGGUCACGAUUUGCGGCGCCCGGGAAAGGCGGCAAUGGUGGUCGACAGCCCUCCCAUAUCCCGGUGGAUAGCGUGCCGAUUCCGAAGGACGAGAAGGCUAUAUUUGCGGCUCUCCAGCUUUUGCAAGACAAGGUCGCGCAAAUGGAACACGAGCGCGCCGAACAAGAGAAGAAAAUUGAGGAACAGGAUUUGGAGAUCAUCGAGCUGAAGGCUUCGGCACAAGCCCAAGCUCAAUACAGGCGAAGCGACAGCGCAUUGGGUUCCACAGAUGGAGAAGGUUCUGGCAAGGCCUCUUGGAAGGUCGAAAAGACGCGGCUCGAUGCUACAGUACAGACUCUGCGUACGAAGCUAGAUCGUACAGAACGCAAAAUUGCCGUCGUGGAGAUCGAGAAGAAACGCCUCAGCGCAGAACGAGAUAAUAUGGCGAGCCAACUGGGCGUGGCAUUCCAGACCUGCGAAGAAUUGAAGGCCGACAAGCAGGCUUUGAAUGCCGAGAACGAUGCUCUCCGCGAGCAAACCGACAUGCUUAGAGCUGAAAUCGAGCAUCUUCGAGACGAGCUGGAGCACGAACAAGCCCAAUAUCGCGAAGAAACCGUCAAUCUCCGACGUCAAUUGGAGCAGACUGAAGAUCAGACACAGCGCCAAAACAUUACUCUCCAAGCUGAGUUGCGCACCGCUCGUGCACAGCAGGAUGAGCAGACACAGCAGCUGGCAAGAAAAGAAGCCGAGCUUCGCAAGGCUCGUCAAGAACAAGCCGAGUACGCCAGGCUCCAGGCUGAUCACGAAACUCUGAGGGCACAGCUGGCUAGCUUGAAAGCGAAGCGGGAGGCUGAUCUACUUCGCUGGUCGGAACACGAAUCUUCGUUGAAAAAGAAAGUAGAGAGAAGGGACGAGACGAUUCGUCAUUUUCAAGACAAUACGCAGGAACAGACAAACGAGGUGAUGCGGCUGGAGAAUCAGCGACUCCGCGAGGAGCUUGCUCAAGAGGCUGCGCAACACGAAGAAGACAACCAACGUUGGGCUGAGAAAGAGCAGGAUCUUAAGCGCAAGAUCUCUAAGCGUACAUCGACGGCUCGACAAACCCUAGAUAUGACCCGCGAGAUACUGUCGCUGCGUCAGGCAAACGGCCAGCCCACGAACCAAUGUCGAACCGCUACAGCCGACCAGGAAAACAUCUUCGAUGAGCCCAUCCAGCGGAAGCCUAGUCAUCGUCGCGAGGAAAACACCCACUCUCGAAUCAGGAACCGUGUCCAAGAAGAAUCACGCGCUAGCCGAGCAAACGCUUCAUUUCAGUCCGGCCAGAUCGAAGAGAGCCCACGCAAGUCGUAUGUCAAGAUCAGCAAGUCUUCGCAAGGCACGUCCUUCCCAACUGAGACUGUUCGCAGCGUCUCCGCUCCCUUAACCCAGCAUAAGAAGUUUGUGCAAGAGAUCGACAGUGAUGCAGACUCUACGACUGACAUUUCCCUUGCACCACGUGUAACUCUCCACCAGAAGCGGAGUGAAUCUUCAGCACGGCGGCCUUCAAGUACCGUUCAAGCGCCUCCUGAUCUGGAAUAUACCGAGUUGAGCUUCAUUUCCGCUGCGGCCGUCGCGGAGUUGCGCCGCCAGCUUGAAGAAGAGCAAGCCGCAAUGCGUGGUAGACCAUCAUCAGUUCCCUUAGUCAAUCGCGAAGAUACGAUUCGCUCUCAGAAGACCAAUCGUGAUGAGACUAUCCGCUCUGAGAGGAUGGCUCGUGAGGAUACAGGGCGCUCUGUCGUCUCCGAGAGGAGUGCUCGCCAGCCUUCUCUUCCUCGUAAGUCCUCGAUGAAGGAUGUCACAAGGACCAAUAUCACCCAGUUCGAAGAGGACGUGACCGGCAAUGUGUCUAACAUUGACAAUGCCAAUGGCGAGACAACUCAGACUCAACAAUCCGCGAUCGAUGCCUCUAUGCUCAGCAACACAAGCCGCCGUCGCCGCAGCGCUCCUACGGAAAUGACUUCCGCCUUCAUCAUACCCGACCUUACGCUUGGUAUCCGUAAGCAAGCAGCGACCAAGAUUGAUAUCACGCAGAAGCUCAACAUGAAGCACCACGACAAUGAGAACUGCACCGUUUGCCGCCGCGAUGAGGCAAAUGCAACCUCACACAGCGAAUCUCUCCGCGUCCCGAAGCUCAUCCCCGUCUCCUCGCGCAUGCCUGACGAUGCAGACGCUACCAUGCGCCCCGCCCGCUCACCGACGGAAGCCCUCGCCCUCGUCGUCAAGGAACUCCGCGAUGAGCGCAUCCACCUACACGCCGAGCUCGCCGUUGCCCGGGCUAUGCUCGAAUCGCAUGACCCGAGCCUUGGCCGCAAGAAGCGCGCAGCGCUGGAGAAUGAAAUAGUGGAGUUGCUCGCUCGCAUUAAGGUCAAGGAUGAUCAGAUCUACAACCUCUACGACGUUCUGGAGGGCCAGCAAGAUGGUGAUAUCACUGAGCAGUUUGUUGAGGGCGUGACGGAAGAAAUUAGGGCGCAGGACGAGGAGAUUGAGAAAGAGGUUGAGAACAGGAAGAAGGAGAAGAAGGUCACCAUUCAGAGCUUUCAUGAGGACGAGGAGAGCGUGAGGGAUGAGGACGAAGAAGAGCUGCCGUGGGAAGGGUUCGAGAGUACAGGAGAGCUUACGGGUCGGGUUGGUAUUUACUAG